AUGGAGGCUUUUAAUUUUACGGGUUUUUCUGCUGUACCCGCUCGUUCUUUAUUGGAUUUUACUCCUUUGUCUGCUCCUCAGAAGCGCCAUGUCUCGAAGAUAUACGCAGCACUUACAGUUAAUGUGCUGCUUACAGCAGUUGGGGUGUAUGCACAGCUCAGAUGGGUUAGCCUCCCCACCUUCCUCUCCCUGUUGCUCUCCAUUGGUUGUGUCUUCGGUCUCACCUCCUCCUCACAGAAGGCGCAUGCAGAAUCUCAAAUGCUGACGAAGGAGCGAGCUCUCUGUUACGGAGGGUUUGGGGUUUUGAACGGCAUGCUGAUAGCAAACUAUUUGCAUGCAAUUCAUUUCUAUGUAGGGCCUCAAGUUAUCCCUACUGCUUUCUUCGCCUCUGUCGCGGUCUUCUUCUGCUUCUCUGCUGCAGCGCUCGUUGCCAAGCAAAGGUCGUAUCUUUACUUGGGUUCUUUGCUGGGAGCGGCGCUGACUUAUCUGUCUAUUGCUUCGCUUGUGAAUAUCUUUUUGAGAGCUCAACUCCUAAACGAUAUUCUUUUGUGGGGUGGCCUCUUCAUGUACCUUGGGUUUGUGGUGUACGAUACGCAGCUGGCUGUUGCUCAGUUUGACAUGGGUAAUAGAGACUAUCUGCUGCAUGCAAUUCAAUUCUACGCGAACUUUAUUUCUUUGUUUUUGCGUCUUGUUGCUAUCCUUUCGGAGAGGCAAGAAGAAGCAAACCGCAGAAAGAGAGAGCGACGUGAUUAA